UUUAUUACUGUCGAAGAUUUUGCUAUGCAUUUAUUUUAUAUAAAUAUUACGUGCAUAUUUGAAAUACUAGCAGUAUUUUUAUUCGCUGAUUUUUCUGAAGGCCUCGUUCGUUUGGCAUAAAGGCACAAUUUUCACGAACUUUGUUGAAUCAUGUCCAUGUCUUCCAGACUUUUUGUAAGGAAUUUACAAAGCGAUGUUUCCUUGGAUGACCUGAUAAUAUACUUUCAGUCAAGCCGGUCUGGAGGCGGUGAUGUACAAGUGGACAAGUGUGAAAUGAACGGCGACUUUGCUGUUGUUGUUUUUGAACAAGAAGAAGAUUUGAAAAAUGUUCUACAAAGAGAUCACGAAAUCAAGGGAUGUAAGAUUGAAAUCUCAAACAGACCAUUCAAAGAAUUGUCAAAGAAGAGAUCAAAGAAACCAUCUCUAUCAAGUAAACCCACGGUUGACCAGAACAAAGCGUAUCUCGGUGAAAGUCGUUCUGUUAUUGUUAGUUGUAUCAAUCCCGAUACAACAAGUGAAACUUUAUCACUGUUCUUCGAAAAUAACCGAAGAACGGGAGGAGGAGAUAUUGAAAAGCUUACCCGAGUUGGUCCCGAGUUGGCCCACGUGACCUUUGUGAAAGCAGAAGUCGCAGCAGAAGUUUUGAAACGCGAAAAGUUAGAGCUUGAAGGUUACGUGCUGCAGCUGAAAGAAAAACCACCAAAGCUCUAUCUUCCUUUUGACAAGAAGAAAUUGUACGUUGAAAACAUUGACCCGAAGACGACAGAAGAUAGUUUAUCCAAUUACAUGGAGCUUAGAGCCAAGGUCGAAGUCCGUGAUCUGCAGUGGGGUGUCAAUCACAAUGCCCUUGUUACGUUUGAUGAAGAGUUAGAUCUUGAUAAAGUAUUGCGCGAAAAGAAAAAGCCUUUAGAAGGAGCCCAGCUGAAAAUUUCCCAUCCUCCAGUAUGUAACACGCUGCUGAUUACUGGCCUUACCCACAACACAACAAAGCAGGCAAUCGAGAUGUACUUUGAAAGCGAGAAAAACGGUGGUGGUAAGAUCUAUGGCGAGGUCAUUCACCAAAAAGAGCGUGGAGAAGCAAUUGUUUCUUUCUGUGAUCCUGACGUUGUAAAAUCUUUGUCGUGUAAGGAUCACAAUUUAAAUGGAGCCGUGUUGAAUGUGCACGAGCACUAUCAUUUCAUGAACGAAAUUAAAGAACUCCGUGGUAAAAAGAUUACUCUGGACAAAUUUGUGAUAUUUCACAUUAACCAAAAAUGUCGUGGAGAGUUCUGUCAUUAUUUUGGAGCUGAAAUGCUGAAGAAGGUCAAUGAAAAUCCCGAGUCAUUGAUGUUGCCUGGAAAAGUAGCGGAUGAUAUGAUGUCAUAUUUCGACCAGUUUGUCCACCUGGUUAUACCGUUUAGCCAAAAGCUUCUUGAAACCUCAAGUGAGAAUUUAUAUAAAUUAUGUUCAUUGCCCCAAAAGCAAGAUGAAAUUACGGCUCUUGUUGAUAAAACUAUGCUCAGAGUUGUGGCAAAUAAAGAGAAGAGGGAGCAUGCUCGCCAAAUGUUUCAAAACGCCAUAUCCAAGAUGGAAAAACGCUUUCACGCCGGUGCCACCAAGUUGACCAUUUCUGGAAAUAAAUUAAAGCUUUUUCAGUUACACGGAAUUGACCAAGUCAUCAAAAAUGAGUGCCAAGUCGAUGUUAAUGUUGUACCGAUGAAAAACACUAUAACUAUCAAAGGCGGGGAGUCGCAAACGCAGCAGGCAAAAAGUAAGAUUCUGGGACUGUCGAGCCAAGUAACCGAAGAUGUUGUUGAAAUAAAAGAAGGGCGAAAAAGAUUUCUUGAAUCUGGAAACCUGUGCGCCAUGAACUAUCGCAUGAGAGAUGCUAAACUAAAAGGGAUCAUUUUGCUUAGCGAGGAACUGAAAAAAUGUCAAAUAAGGGUGCUUGUAUUUAAUAGCACCUCAUUGAAAGACAUCAACGCGUUUUUAAACGAAAAUCUUUUCGAAAGGCAACUAUGUGUCCACGGAGAGAGCAGUGGUCUUCUUCAGAGCAGUCUGUGGCAAGACUUCAAGAGGAAGGCUAUUGGUUCGAAUACUGCCUUCCUCCAUUUCAUUGAGAACGGCUACAAUAAGGUAUUCCUUGUAGGCGAGAAAAAAAAAGUGCAGGAAAGCUAUUUGGCUUGUCAGGAUUUUCUCAUGAAAAACACAAUAAUGAGUAAAAACAUACCUGUUAGUGAAGGACUUAGCCGAUUUUUGAAAGUAUACAGUGAUAAGGAAAUCCAAAAUAUAAUGCAAGAGUUUCCAAAUGCCACAGGAAAAAUUGAGAUCAAUGACAAAACUUUAGAUAUCAGCGGGACAAGGUGCGUGCUCGAUAAAGCUACGAAAACAAUAGAAAGCAUUCUGUCGAAAGUAUCCUCAGAUAAAAUUCAACUUUUGAGACCACGUGUUCAGGAAUAUUUUAAUGCACAAGAAGGUGGAGGGCUUCUCACUAAAAUGGAACGUCAAUACAAUUGUGUUAUUCACAUUAGCGAGGACGAUGAUAAUGCUUCAAAUGAUUCCUCUAAUGAAUCUCGUGCUUCGUCCAGCAAAGGGAAGUCAAAGUUCCUUGGACACUAUGAAACUCAGGAAAAGAUUUCUCUUCGUUUAUUUCAGGGAGAUAUUACAAAGCAUGGAUGUGAAGUUAUCGUAAAUGCCGCCAACAAGGACUUGAAACUGAUCGGAGGAGUUGCCAAGUGUAUUUUGAAGGCCGGAGGGAAAGAGAUUCAAGACGAGUGUGAUGCUUACGUAAGGGCGACAGGACAAUUGUCUGACGGUGAAUGUUAUGUUGGACGUGCUGGGAAUUUGCAUCAAUGCAAGCGUAUCAUACACGCAGUGGCUCCACGAUGGGAUAAAAGCAGUCAAAAUAAAAAACUUCGUAAGAAAGUACGUGAGACACUUCAUGUUACCUUCAUGAAAGCGUUUGAUUUAGCAAAGGAAUACCGCACUGUCGCAAUCCCUGCUUUGGGAAGUGGCAUCUUUGGCAUUCCCAAAGAUGUAUGCGCUGAUGUUAUGAUUCAGGCGGCCGAAGAGUUCAGUAAAUCAGCUCAUCACGAUUGUAAACUGAAAGAGAUUCACUUUGUCAACAAUGACACCGAGAGCUGCAAGGCUUUACAAAUUACUUUGGACGCAAAAUUUGGCAAGAGUUUGACCACCACGCCAGUGUCAAGAGUUGGAUGUUCUCCGAAGGAAAAGAAUGUCGCUCAAGAUCAUUUGGAGAUUGAAAAAGUACAACAACAGAGGCCCGAAUCAAUUGUGGCAGAUGAUGUCCAUCAUAAAGUGAAGUCUGCUGACCACAUCUUGACAAAGGGAAGCAUGAAAAUUUCAGUGGUCAUUGGUGAUUUGUCUAAGUAUCAGGCUGAUGUUCUGGUCAAUACCACCAGUGAAUCCCUUCAACUCAAUGCUAAUCCCUGCAGUCAAUCUUUAAGCUCAGCUGCUGGACCAGAACUUCAGAAGUCAUGCAAUAAGUAUGGCUCAUUGAAGUUAAACGACAUGGCAAUCACUCAAGGUGGUAAUUUACAUUGUGACAAUGUUUAUCAUGUCGUCUGUGUUAAAUGGAACGACGGCGAAGGAGAAAAGGUAUUACGAUCUAUCAUAAAGAAAUGCCUGUCAACCUGUCAUUCCACAGGAAAGCUGUCUAUUGCUUUUCCUGCGAUCGGGACAGGCAUUCUCGGAUUUCCUCCCGAUGCAACCGCGAAAAUUUUCUUUGAAGAAACAAAGUCAUUUGAAAGAAAGGUGUCGACUUGCAACAUAAAGGAAGUCGUUUUCGUCAUUUUUCACAAAGAUUUGAAAACUAUUGAAGCAUUCCAAAAUGAAUUAAAGCAACAAGAAGAAUGGAAUGAAAGCAGCGAAUCUGAAGUCGGCGAGGCAAGUGGAUUUCAACAGCGAUCUAGUAAAAAUUUUAACUCGUCUGAGGACGAUAAAAGUAACGUGGGUUGUAUUGAAGUGUGUGAUAAUAAGAAAGUCGAAAUCGUCAAGGGUGAUAUCACCAAAGAAACGACUGAUGUGAUCGCCUUUGUGACCAAUCCUCGCUUAAAAAUGGACGCUGGGGUCGGCAAAACCUUAUCUAAGGCUGGUGGGAAAGACAUCCAGCUUGCAUGUGAACAGAAAGUAAAAUCAGGCCCAAUAUCAACGUCGACAACCAUUUUAACAACUUCCGGACAGUUAAACGUCAAGUUCGUAGCACAUAUGGUCGUGUCAAACACUCCAAGCUUAAAUGAAAUCGGUGAUUGCUUGAACAAUUGUCUGGCUCUAAUCACUAAAAAGAAACUUGAAAGUAUCUCUUUUCCUGCUGUUGGAACGGGCUCCCUAAAAUGCGAUGCCGAAGAAGCUGCUUUGACAAUACUAAAUACGAUUGUGCGUUUCUUACAAUCGUCUCCGGGCUUGCCGAAUAAAGUUCGAAUUGUUAUUAGGGAGGACAAGCUUGUCAAAGUAUUCCAGGAAGCUGUGAAGAAUAUCAAGCUGGAUGACGAUGACGAAAGUGAUGGUUUUGUAAUUGUAAGGAAAAAACCUUCUAGCAAGUUUAGGAAAUUUGAAUCGUCUACCUCUAGACUCGAUGGGAAGUUUGAAUCGCCUCAUAUCUCUAAAACUAUGUUCUUGUUUAUCUAUGCGCAAGAUAUGAGCUCUUUAAUGUCUGUGAAAGGAAGUAUUUCCAAAGCCAUCAAAUCUUUAAGGGUAAGGCAAAAGCUUGAACACGAUCACAUGCACAAGCUAUCGGAGUCCCAAAUUAAAGAUCUACAUCAGCUGUGCAAAACGUAUGACAUAGAUGUAAAAAUGGAACCGGAACUUGACCGAAUUAUAAUGUUUGGGCAUGCUGAUGACAUACUCAAUUAAAAGUGAAAUUUCCCAAUUCCUUGAUAAAUUGCACAGAAGAAAGACGAAACAGGAAAAAAAAUUUUGAUAGGUGUUUCCUGGUUUUCUACAUCAUUUCACCAUAACGAAUCAUACCACUUUUCAUUGUGCGUCUUCUUUUGAAUGUACCAUUUGGAAUUUGACAAGUUGUAGGAAAAACAGUGAAUUAUUUUUUGAUGAAAUAAUUUUAGCUUUACCAACUGAAAUUUCGUUUGUCGUAACUUGCAUAAUGUAAUAUAAAAUUUACCAUUUUACAGUGGCGGAUGUAGUGUUGGUCAAAAUAAAUUACUGCUGUACAUUUUGGCAUAUAUUUACAUUUCUAAGCCCCUCAGAGACAUAUAUAUUGGUGAAAUUAUAUUUUUUAGAAAUUCAAAACCAAAAGUGUUUUUCUGAAAGUACUUUGAAUUUAAAAUUAAGGAACAAUAAUUUAUUCUGACUGACGCUUAAUCUGUUACAGCAUUUUUAGUCAAAAUAUUCGUAUGAUUAGCUACAGGCCAGGAUAUAAAUGUAUAUACUCGUUUUUUUUCUCAGCAAUAGAUGCGAACAUGGAAGCGAAAUGGAAGUUAUUCAUGAAAAGAAAGAUUGUACAGUUUAAUACGAUAGGUUUUUGAGUGCCAUGUAAUAAGUUACAACUGGAAAUGUAUGGAAAUUAUGUUGAUAGUUGGCGAGAAAUUAGCCAAACGAGGGAGAAAUAUAUAUGUCUACAACAAUUGUCUUUUUAAAAAAAACGGAGAAUGUCUUUUUAUUUAUGCUGUACCAUAAAGUUAAAUUAUGUCUUGGACUGACUGAUGAAGUAAUAAAUUCGACUUCUCAUUUUUUGUUGA